AGUAGAAUGUUUUAUUUUAAUUUAUUCCUCCUUAACAACAUUUUCUUUUGGGGAAAUGUUAUCCCUGUUGUAGGACAAUUUGAUAUGACUAUUUACAAGAAAAUGCCGCCACUUUAUCAGUUCGAUGACUACGAUCAAUGUCUUCAAGUUGAAAACAGCCACUCCCAUACGAAGCCGACGUAUUGUGUCGUAUACGCGGAAGUUGUUGUAAAUGAAUCUUCGAGUCUUUGGAAUGAAAUAUCCAGGUUCUCUACAGACGAUAAACAUCACUUCAGACACGAUCACUUGUUUUUCGGAAUGUGCCUAGAACGCUGUAAGAAACUGUUGCAGCCAUUCGCCAAAUUUCGUCUGAACGAGUUGUCGGGAAGUGGAGAAAUUCGCGACAUUGAGCUUCUUAACUACUACAUUAACGUGCAUAAACGGGAAACUGACAACCGCAUUCAGUAUGGGAAAAUCUUCAGAAGUUGUCUUAAUUACGAGUUCCAACAUAAUUAUGGGUUGCGAUUGCGUGCAAGCAUUGAAUACUGCGAGCAAGCGAAUACAACAUUGAAACAUGAUGCAUUAGACAUUGUUGCUUAUGCCAUUUUCGGCAUUAUCACUUUGGCCUCAAUCUCUUCAACCAUAUACGAUUAUCGUUUGAAAACCAAGCAGUCCGUAAAUAAUCGAAAUGAAGAGUUUUAUAAAAAUUCACUUGAAAGUCCAGCCCAACAACUAUUCAGCUCAUUUUCGAUUUGUCGCAAUUUUUAUCGGUUAACCGCGUCGUCGAAAACUCGCAGCCAAACCGCAACAGACCUCCAAUUUUUCGAUGGCUUGCGAGUAUUAGGAGUAUUUCUGGUAUUAUUUGCGCACUCUUUAAUACUUUUCAUGGCCAUACAGGUUGAAAAUCCUGAAUUCUUCGAGAAGUUUUUCUAUCGUCCGGAAACAGCCAUAAUUGAAAAUGGCGCAGCUAUAAUUCAAAUAUUUUUUGUUAUGAGCGGAUUUCUAUUAUAUGUGAAUUUUAUCGAAAGAAAUUUCGUUACCACCGACACCAGCAUAAGCAAUUGUAUUAUUGUUUACUUCAAAAUUUUCUUUCACAGAUAUUUCAGGCUUUUACCAUCACUAGCAAUGCUAAUUCUCUUCAAUUCAUCUAUACUUGUGCGUCUACAAAAUGGACCAUUUUGGAGGCAUUAUGUGGAAGCAGAACGCGUCUUUUGUCGCGAAUAUUGGUGGCAGAAUGGUUUCUUCGUUAAUAAUUACCUGCUGCAGGAGAGUUGCUCUCACCAUACCUGGUAUCUUGCUGCUGACAUGCAACUUUUCGAACUAUUUCUUAUUGUGUUAAUCAUCGUAAGCAAAUUUCCCAAACUUCGUAGAGUUAUAUACGCCAUCCUCUUAGUAUUGACCUUUACGGUAACAGGAUUUAUUACAUACUUUUUGAAACUUAAACCUAUAUACCAUACGAAUCCAGAAAACUACCGUUAUAUGUUUUUCCGCAACGCUGAAACCUUUUACCAGGCAUACACGCCGUUUUACACAAAUAUUGGUGGCUACUUUUUCGGCUUCAUAACUGCUGAGUUGUAUAUGAAGUUACGAAAGUAUUCCAAACAAUAUCGUGGGUUAGUGCGAUACGAACUCAGUUGGUGGCUAUUAUUCCCAAUGGCUUUUGGUUUACUUUUUGGCGGAGCCUUUUUUAUGUCGUUCGAAUUUGAAAACCCUUCAAUUUGGGUAGCUCUUUUUGCCAGCUUGUAUCGGAAUAUAUGGGUUUUAAUAUGUUGUGCAGUAGUUUUUGGGAUGUGCCUCAAGUUGGGAUGGAUCGCUUAUGAAUUCUGCUGCCUACCCUUUCUUCGGGUAUUUUCAAAAAUUUCAUAUCAAGCCUAUCUCUGGCACCUGGUCGUCUUGCGUUUAAUGGGCGGUUACUAUAGGAAACCAAUUUAUAUAAAUCGCUUUUAUUUGAUUGGCCAGAUUAUAAUAGCAUUUUUUCUUACGCAACUGGUUGCUUUUGUUUUUGCAUUGUUUGUGGAGUAUCCAGUCGCAGAAAUAAUUAAAUAUUCACUACCAUAUUACAAACGUGAGAGGCAAGAAAGAAAAAAAGACAUUUAUAGCUUAAACUAAAUUACAUCCGUAUUGUACAUAAGUGAAAAUGUAUAACGUAAAAAUAAAGAGCACGCAUUGCACAUA